GGGCUCUGUUCCCUUAUCCCCGCUGCUGCAGCCCCGCUGAGAAGCCCAGCGGCGGCAGCUGGACCACUCCGUGCCGCUACCCGAGGGGUAGUCCCGGGCCAGCCUUGCGGGUAUUCCUCGGCAGGACUCCCGCCCCGGCCACGGCUCCUGCCGGCGCGGGAAAGCCUGCCCAAGGCUCCGCUAACCCGCGAGCGUUAGAGCCGCAGCGGGCGGUGGGGCGGCCGGGCGGUGACAACGGAACCAGCCGUUCCGCCGCUCCCGCUCGCCGUGGGUUUUGCCGUCAGCUUCCUGCCGCGGCCAGGCCUCUGCGCAGGCGCGGGCGCGCAGGCGCGGCGAUGGGCGCGCGGGUGACACGCGUGUUCCGGACCUUCAACGUGGAGAGCCGCGCCCGCCGCGAGAUCAGCAAAGAGAAGCCCACGCCCGCGCCGCGGCACCCCACGCCGCGUCGCAACGAGCUGGCCGAGCACCCCGAGAUAGAAGCAGAAGUCUGCCGGAAGGACACCAGGCUCCUCAGCUUGCUGAAAGAUGUUUAUGUGGAGUCCAGAGACCCCCCUUCACGGGUAAAAGAUGGAGGUGGUGAGCAUCUUCCAUCUAAACUGGAGGAAAAGAGACUUACAAAACUGGGCCAUCUGGGAGAUCUAGAUGUUAAGAAAGUUUCUAAAGGCAGAAUUUCCAUUGUGGAGGCUCUGACGCUUCUUAACAAUCAUAAACUUCAUCCUCAAACAUGGACUGCAGAGAAAAUAGCAGUGGAAUACAGUCUGGAACUGAAGGACGUCCACUCUCUUCUGGAAUUCUUCAUUCCUUUUACCGUGCAAGAGUUUCCUAAAGAAACAAAAAAAGCUAUAAAGCCAAUACAAAAAUAAUUACCACUCGUAUCUCACUCAUGUUUUAAUUUUACUCUUACUGUAUUCGGUGUCUGAAAGGAGCUGGUAACAUCAGCCCCCCAUGGCUACUUUCUCAUACCAGAAAGUUGCAUUCAAGCAAUCCCAUUCCAUAUGAGAUAGCUUCAGUUAAAUGCAGCACAUACAGGUACAGUUUGUAAACCAGAAUGUAACUGUAAGGUGCCUCAAAUUAUGCCUCAGGGUACUGAUGUCAUGAGUUCAGUUAAAACACACAGAUCUAGUGAGAAUUUGACCUUAGCAGAGAGUUCAGCUGGUCCAGGGUUCCGUGUGUGUAAUUCCACGUACAGUGUCUGCCAAGGUGUGCGUACAAACUGCUGCAUUCCUGUGUGUUAGGUGGAAGUGUUCAUGCUUUGUAAAGAUGGUCAGCCACAAGGUCAUUCCAGAAAUCCAGUUGUGUCAAAUGUAAAAUAAAAAGAGGAGAAAAACAAAAGGCCUCUUUCUGGUGCUGGAACGGUAA